AUGGAGGGGGGGCUCGACACCGAGCCGAUCACUGUGUAUUCCUACGAGCCGGGACAUGCGGAACAGCCGGUACUCCCAGGGUUUGAGGCGCUCGAGCGGGGGCGGUACGCAGCAGACGCGCGCUUCGACGCGUUUCAGACGUGCUGGAAUGCCGCACGGUCGCAGCUCGAGGCGCUGGUAGAGACGCUCUACGAUGCGUAUGCGCACGAGGUGUGUGAAAAGCUCGCGAAACGGGGGACGUCGGGAGUAAGAACGCUUGCAAUCGAUGCUUCGGGCAGCGCGGCCUACGAGCAGCUUCCUGCCUUGCUGCAGCGAGUGCUGGGGGAGCAGGUGUGUGUAUCGCUUAGCCCCGCGCAGUGCCCAAAUCUCGCGACGGGCCUCGCGUCUUUCGUCGCGGAAAGCAUCGCGCAGCUCGCCGAGCACUGGGAAGGCCAGGAUCUGGCGCACUGGGCGCUGGCCGACCUCGACGCGCGGCGCGCGGCGCUUGCGGCACUCUGCGAGGAGCACGACCCCAGCGAUCUUGAUCUGCUCGACCGGUACGCUGCGCAGACGGGCCAACGCCAAGCGCCGAUCGUGCUCCUCGUAUGUAGCCCUGAGCGCUUUGCCGCCGCGCCGCUCAACGAUGUCCUGCAGGCCGUGCUCUCAUGGAGCAGGGUGGCGGAGCACGUCGAGCUGCGCGUCGCGUUUCUGUAUACGGCAGCACUCCCUGUGCUUCCCCGCGCACGGAUGCCGUCGGACCUGCAUACACCGACGCUGUGGCUCUCGACGACGUGCACGCCGCGUGUCCUGCAGCUGAUGGACAUCGCAUCAUGUGUUUUUCCCGACAAGACCGCGUUCUGGGAGCGCGUCGUCUGCCCGUUCUUUUUGCGGCCGACCUCGGGGUUGUGGCUGGGCCGCAGUGUCUUUGAGCUGGUGCGCCGCCGCUUUUGGCACGUCGAGCCGAGCUGGGAGAGCGUCGCACAGGUCGUGCGCCUUGCGUACUUGCACCACUUUUCCACGCAGCCCCUUUCGGCGUGGGUCAAGCGCAUCCCGACGCUCGACCACCUCGAGCGGCACUGGACGGAUGAGAUGACCGCGGCGAUGCGCCUCGCCAUGGUCGCGCCGUGCAUGGCCCAAGGCGGCACGCUGCCGCCCAACCUAAAGGACACGCUGCGCAGCCCACAGAACAUGCUCGACGCGCUGCCGCGGCUGCAUACCGAGCUUGCUACUGCCGCGGCGCUGCGCAUCGUGAUGCUCGCAAUCGUCCAGUCGCUCUUGGAGCACACGCACAUGUCCGACAUGCAAGGCACGCGCCUCAGCUACUCGGCGUGCAUCGCGACCGCGUUGGAGCUCCCGGUGCCGUAUACCGACUUUUCCAUGGGCCGCGAGCCGGCCUAUGUGCUGACGCCCACGACGCCGAGCUCGGCCCAACUGCGUGCGCUGCUCGAGCACCUCGCCGGCACCGUACCGGCGUCCGAGACCGAGGCGCUGACGCACACGCUCGAUGCGCAGCUCGCUUCGUAUACCCCCGCGCUCGACGCGGAUGCUGCACAGGUUGUCGAGGACGCGCGCCACGAGCUGCGGCGCCUCACGUCCAAGAAGGCCACGCGCACCUUGGCACAGUACAUUGCGCAGACCUGGGCGCAGAUGCAAGACGCGGCGCCGACCGGCCUUGGCGCGGCAAUUUGGACGUACGACUUUGCCGAGCCCCUGUCGUGUGCGCUCGAAGGCGCCGCGCGCGCUGGUAUCCUGCUUGCGCUCGACGCGCCGAGCGAGACGCUCGCGACGAUGCGCGCGGCGGCCAAUGUCGCCUCUGGCCAGCGCCUCGCCGACGGCGACGGAGACUGGCCGGAAAAACUCAUGGGCAUUUCCGACGUCGACGAGCUGCGUGCGACGCUCGCCGAGACGCGCGGCGCCGAGAUCCCCGACGUGUGCCGCCUCUACUCGCUGUACAAGGACUCGGGCAAGUUUAUCAACCUUGCCGACUGGCUCGAUGCGUUUGUACAGUCGCUCGAAGGCGAUGCGCGGCAGCAGCACACCGAGCUCCACCUCGAUGCUCGCGCGGUGCAGGUGCGCUUUGCGCUUGCGAUCAACGAGCUCGCGUACAUGGGCUUGCUUGGCCCCACCGGGCGCAAGGUCGAGCACCUGUGCCGCACGGUUUGGGACCUGCCCGUGGACGGCGCGCCAGAGUAG